AUGUCAAGAGCCGGGCAGCGACUGGCACAAUCAGCGAGACACGUCACAGCGAGCGCACUAUCUGCUACGACAGCAUCUUCAGCAAGCUCUACGAAGAUGGCAACAGCCGAAUAUGUUCCUCGUAUCAUUGGCGGCCCCAACACUCUCGAACAUCGAGUCUACCUCGAGCAAAACGGCAAGCUCGUCUCACCUUUCCACGAUAUCCCUCUCUUUGCAGAUGAUUCAAAGACCGUACUCAACAUGAUCGUCGAGAUCCCUCGCUGGACGAACGCCAAGAUGGAGAUUAGCAAAGAGGAGGCUUUCAAUCCCAUCAAGCAGGACAUCAAGAAGGGCAAGCUCAGAUUCGUUCGCAACUGCUUCCCUCAUCACGGGUACAUUUGGAACUACGGCGCUUUCCCCCAGACGUGGGAAGAUCCCGCUCAUACCCACCCUGAGACAAAGGCCAAGGGUGACAACGAUCCCCUCGACGUUUGCGAGAUUGGCGAGGCUGUCGGUUACCCUGGUCAGGUCAAGCAAGUCAAGGCGCUGGGCGUCAUGGCCCUUCUAGACGAAGGCGAGACGGACUGGAAGAUCCUCGUCAUCGAUGUCAACGAUCCCCUGGCUUCAAAGCUCAACGACAUCGAAGACGUCGAACGUCACCUGCCUGGUCUCAUCAGAGCGACGAACGAAUGGUUCAGAAUCUACAAGAUCCCCGACGGAAAACCAGAGAACCAAUUUGCGUUCUCCGGCGAGGCAAAGAACAAGAAGUAUGCAACAGAAAUUGUGCAUGAGUGCCAUGCCGCCUGGAAGAAGCUCAUCUCUGGUCAAGGCGGUCGCGUCGACAUUAACAUCUCGAAUUCGACCGUCAAGGACUCGCCAGGCGUUGUAGGACCUAGCGACGACGUCUACAAGGGAAUCCCACAGGAUUCUCGCAAGGCAACAGCGCCUAUCGAUCCAUCUAUCUCGAAAUGGUUCUACCUGAGCGGCCAUUCCAUGCAGUAG